AUGUCCACUGGUAAAACAACAUAUGUUCCUUCUAUUGAUGGCUAUCUUUUUACCUAUAAUCAAGAAAAUGGAUUUCAGAAGCAACCAAUGUCAAUAAGGGAGUUAGCAUAUACAGCUCCAUUCAGAUCUAAGAGUGGCGAAAUAUUUACUUCAGGAAAAAUCACUUCAAUUUUUUUCAUAGACCGAAAGAACGGUAAUAUUACAUAUUCAUUUAAAUCAAAUACCUCAGUUCCAAUGGAAAAUGCUGAAAUGCCAAAGACAGAUCACAUUACCAUGUUAAGAAUCGAUUAUGAUCUGUAUGUUAUAGAACAAGUAAGACAAUUAGUUAGAUAUAGUGAAUUUGAGAUAUUUACCAAUCAGAAUUCGAACACUAUUCGAACCAAUGUUGAUGUUCAAACCCAAAAUAAUAAUGAAAUCUCGGUUUCUGUCAAUGAAACAGCAAAAAUAACACUUACAAUCCCAGGAUUUGUGACAGGAAUAUACGGAUCCGAUAGAAAAUUCAUAUAUACUAUAGUAGGAAACGAAUCUGGAACAAUUGCUGAUCAAAAUAUGAUGUUUCUACCAGAUAUUUCAUUGGCUGUUCCUACUUUACCUCACGAACAAGAAAACAUUACGGAGAACGCUACGAAUAUACAAAAUGAAACAGUUUCACAGUCAAAUAAUACAAAUGAAAACGAAACUGGCUCAACAACACCUCAUAAGGUCAAUAAGAUGCUUCCAAACCAGCGAUCAGAUGACGAACAACCCAUUCCUUAUACUUACAAAUCCAUUUUGCCAGCAAAUUUCAUUUCCAUUCCGAUUAUUCUUGUUUUACUCUAUUUUUCGCUCAGAGCCGUUCUCUUCUUAAUCGGCAGACUCAUGAGAGUUGAGCGAAAACUCGAUCCGAUCAUCAUAGACCAGACAGACAAAACAAAAGGAACUUGUGGAGGAAGAAAACUCACUCUCUUCUACAGGAAAGAGAUCAACAUUAAAUCUCUGAACUUGGCAAGAAGUGUUGGACUUCUUGAUAACACAGCCAAGUUCUUAAAAGACGAAUUUAGAGAUAACGUGACAAUUAUCGGAUAUCAACAACUCGAACCGUUCAAUUUCGAGAAAUUUGAUGCUGUACAGUUCCUAGAGAGGACACUUGUCGCGUUGAAAUCUAUAUUUAACGCUGGCUUGGUUCACGGAUCAAUUUCUGAAGAUGUAAUCUUCUCUGAUGGCGGAAAAGCUACUAUUGCAGGGUUAGAAUGGAGUUGCACUAAGACAUAUUCAUCAGAGAAGCGUGCAAAAGACAUCUGGGACCUUGCAAUGGUAAUUGCAAGAUCAUAUAACCAUUAUAACAUCCAUUACGAUCCAUUGCUCUUGGAUUUGCUUUCUGAUAUGGAAAGUUCAUCUCCUGCUGAAAGACCAACCCCGGAUGAAGCUUUGGGACAUCCAUUGUUUUGGACAAUCGCAGAACGCACAAAAAUUUACUAUUCAAUUAACGAUGAGCUAUCGUCGACCAUGACUCCAGCAAAUCUUGUCCAAAAAUUCGAAGAACACCGAAUCAAAGUUUUGCAGUGCACAAGUUGGAUGAAGAAGCUGCCCAAACAGCUUGUAAACGACUUGAAAUCCCGUGGUGAUUAUGGAGGAGACUCAAUGAGAGACCUUGUUCGAAUGAUCAGAAAUAAAUGCGAACACUUCAGUGAAACGCCACCGAAACUUCAAGCCAUUUUGGGAACGACACCUGAUGAAGUUUUCAAUUACUUUGAUAAUAUGUUUCCAAAUUUGUUUUUGUAUUCAUAUUAUUUUUAUAUCUCUUACUGUUCAUAA